AUGUGUCACGGCCUCGGAUGCUCUGAUAGUGCCGGUGCCGACUACGAGAGACGAAGGGUUUGUCUGUGGUGCAGCAAGACCCUGCCUCAUCUUGGGGCGACCUCCCGUCAGGCCUGGAACCAGAAAAUCUUCGACGCACGGACAAGAAAUGCACUUAGCCGUCAGGCCGAUAUGGAGGAGUACAACAGAAAGCGGCUGAGGAUGAUGCGAAUGUCUCGUCGCGAGAUGAGAGGCGACCAGGCUGUUCUUGGUGAUCCAGACGCGGACGUACCACAAUUCGUGCGGCAUCUCGAUAGCUGCUGCAACUAUCGGAACUUUGUCGAAGAGAAGCACGUCCCGAGUGGUGAAGCAGUCUACCAAUCCAAGAACGGCUACUGGAGGUAUACCAGAGGCUUCCUCUUACGCAUCGGUGAGAGUUGUUUGCAGAGCAAGCAGCUCCAGCGCCGAUUCCGGGAAGUGGCCACCGUCACAAGGGAAGGCUCGUGCUUGUUCUCCCGGAGCAUCAAACAGCGUGAUAACGAACUCAGCUAUAUGGGUGGGAGUGGUAACAUCCACUUCCAUGGAAGAAGACUUCAUGGCCGUGGCAAGCGCUUCGAAUUGCCUGGAUCAGAAGCACGUUUAGCUCAAUGGGCUACUCUCAAGACACGAAUCCUCAGCAUGGCUUUCAUCGAGCGUUUAGAAUUUUGUCAAAUCCAGGCUAUCCUGCAGUCCCAAUACGACUUUGACAUGUUAUGGGAAGAAUUUCGCUCAAUGCUCAAUGUCUGGAACCUUACUCCUUUGUGGGAAGGCAGUGAAAAGAGCUCCUCCGUCAGCCUCACCAAAGAUAGCACAGAUGAUGACGAGACGGGGACGACUCCAACAAUGGGGCGCAUCGGAAAGUCCUCCAGAAAAGAAGCCAAAAUGGAAGCGUAUGCUGCUCGGGUUAUUGAGCGUCUGGUACUGGACGGGGAAGUCCUUCCGCUACGGACGACGAUUGCAGGUCCAGAUGAAAGAAAGGGCUGUUAUGAGGCUGCAUCUCCCCCCACCAUUGAUUCCCCUGCGGCUAACGCUAGGUCUGACCCUGGAUCUGAGGACUCUGGUCAACAGAAAGAGAAAGUAAUUGCCUUGCCCAAUUGCUCAGCGUUCCUCACCGAACCUCGAAGGCUCGCCAACGACAUACCCCAACAAGACUCAAUUGUAAGGGCACCUAUUCCGCUUGACAACAGACAUGGAAGGUCGACCACAGAUCAAGACCGAGCGAGCCUUGACCAGGCUGAUCUGGAUGUCCAAGUCAUGGAUGAUGAUGAUGCUGCCCCCCCACCCGACUACUGGGUCAAUGUCAGCAAUAACAUUGGCGUGAUACCGUCAAUGCAGCAAGAUCAAAUUGCUGAAACAGAGCCCAUUUCUCCGAUCACCGACUCCGACGCCGGUCGGAGCCUCGACGGCCUCGAUAGCGAUGGUGACGCUACGUCGUACGCUGACAUAUCUUGUAUUGCUGCCGAUGAAAUUCAGAACGACGAUGAUCUGUGGGAGGCAGUUCCACCCCCAGGCCAGACCUGUGAAGGGGACAGACGCUGA